UAUAUAUUACGAUGUAUUUUUAUUUUUAAACAUAAACAAAACCUCGAAAGGAAGUGCACUAUCAUUAUAAAUGGCGUCGUUGCAACUUUUGCUAGAAGUGUUUGAUCAGCGGAAUCCCAAUUCAUCUCCAAAGUGUUUAUUUUCGAUGACAUCUAUCACUCAAGAAUUCUACUAGCUCUUUGUUUAGAGCUAAUCGCCGAUGUUUUGGUUGGAGGUUCACUAUAUGCUUUUCAACACAACAGGAAUUUUUUUAUUAUACCUGCCCUUUUCCACAACUUGUUGAUAGAUCGAUCACUAUGGGUCGUCAAAACUAAUAACUCAGUUUAAAAUGGCCAUUGAUGACAUCAAAGAGAAUAUUUCAUCAAGAUCUUCAGAGAUCUUUGAUAACCUAGUACAAGCCCAAGGCGACCGGCCUUAUGAAGAAACCGGCUUUAGGCGAAUUGACGGCCCUUGGUCUUGGAUCAUGAGUGUUCUACUGCURAUGUCGUCCCUUUUCACCUACGGUUGUGCUUCGACUUAYGGAAUCCUGUUUCCAAAGAUACUUAAAGACUUAAAAUCAACACGAGCUCUUACAGCUGUUCCUGGUUCAAUUGCUGUAGCCAACAGCGGACUCCUUGGUCCAUUAAUUGGAAAACUAUGUGAUCAUUUUGGAAGUCGAAAAAUCUUGUUUUUGGGAAGUCUGGCGUCUGCAAGUGGACUCGUUGCGUCUUCAUUUGUACCAAACAUCGGCUUACUGAUUGUGACAUUUGGAAUAGUUUUAGGUUCAGCAGUGGGCUUUGCAUACUUUAGCACAAUGGUUGCUGUUACAUUGUAUUUCGAMAAGUAUAAAUUCGAAGCAACAUCAAUAGUGUCAGUUGGUGGGGGUUCUUCAUUAUUGGCCAUGAGCCCUGUUGUGCAAAAUUUAAACCAAGCUUUAGACUGGAGAGGUUCGAUGCUCGCUAUGGCUGGWUUCUCUUUUAUUCCUUUCGCAGUAUCUCUUCUGAUGCGUUCGAAACCUUUGAAGACGAUCGAACAAAUUGGAGCAAAUCGAAYAAGUGAUCAGAAUGYUUCAUCGUGUCGUCUAGGCGAAUUGGUUUAUUGGUCUGCUUUUAGGAUUAAGAUUUUUCUACURACGACGAUUGUGGUCGCGGUGUCUGGUACGGGUCAUAGCAUGUCCUUAGUUCAUCUGGUGAGUGUAGAACCCUUUAUGAAGAUAGGGCAGACUCCAUCCUCUCCAUCCCCCUCCCCACAAGAAAUACAAACAAACUAAUAAAAAAAUAA